UUGAAGGGAAGAGCUAUGUUUUCAGCAUUCAAAUAUUAUGCGGUAGACUAUUUACAUGAGAACACAGUUAAAGAAAGGAUUUGCAGAGAUGCUUUAUUGCUUCCGAUCCCUCCGUGUUUAAAUCAAGAUAAAAACCUUAUUGAUGAUAAAUAUAGAAGUCCAUGGACAAGAGCUGCUCCAUAUCCGGAGGUGACAGAUAAUUCAGUCUUGGAACAGUGGACAGCAAGGUUCUGUGUGGAGGAUUUUCCUGAGACAAAGACAGUUACAGGAAUGAUAAUUAAUGGUACGUUUGAGGAAAUUGUUCCCAGUUCCAAUCCAAACUCUCCAACCGGAAUAGAGGAUGUCAGCUCAUCCCUCAGUAAGGACCACAGAGAAGACUUUACACCUAUCAAGUGCUCCCCACACUACCCGGGAGUGAAAGUCGAGCACCAAGGAUUACUUAUUGAUGAGGAAUUGAUUUUUAUAAGUAAGGCAGUGGACGAUUAUCUACCAACUGUGGAUACUAUCUUGAGCAGACUGAAGCUCUAUCGGGUUAAGGAUCCGCUUUUAGAUUUCAAAGAACAGCUCCGUGGAAAGGAUCAGUUCACGGAGUGUUUCUCUGUUCAAGAACGGUUGGAACCUUCUGUGAGAGAUUUCCAUAUGGCUGAGGAGACCUUUUGUAAGAAGAAACUACCAUCAGUUUUUCCUUAUGAGUUUGAAUUCUUAAUAUCUACAAUCCCCAAACAAGAAAUUCCCACCCUGUUACUAUCAGAACUGAAGGAAUCAUUAAACUCAAUACCUGAAAUAAUGGAUCAUGAAGAUGAAAAUGAAAAACCUUUCAAAAGAGAUCUUUCUACCAAGCAUGAGUCUGAUGCUGAGGAUAUGGAAUACAACUCCACAGAGAUCUUACCCACUGAAAGCCCAUCUGAACUAGAGGGCAGCGAAGCAGGAGAAUUGGAAAUGCCACUAACCAAUCUAAGCUUACCAAGGCAACAUUCUCCAAUUAGUUCACUAUGUGCAGGAUUUCAGACAUUUCCAUUUUCUGCUGUGUGCAAAAUUGAUUUGCUUAGUGCUGGAGAAUUGGCUAAUAAAUACUGUAUGCUGUGGCCCUUAGGAAGCUGCAGAAACUCUUGGGUCUCAUUCAUGCUUACAGUUCCAAGAUUUGAAGAGCCCAGCAGUCAAUAUUCUCUUGCAGAUAUGAGGAAUAUCUUUUCUAUCAAAGGAGACAGCCUUGUGAUUAACUCUGCAAAAGCAAAGGGUUGGAGACGAGCAAGACAAAAUCCAAUAAUGGCCGAAACUUUGGAGCAUCUGAAGGCAUAUUUGUGUCACAGUGGUCUGUCUUCUAAGGAGGCUAAGCUGGAGAUCUUUCUGCCUACAAAAGUGCUUCAGCUGGAGUCCUGGCUGGAACAGCAGAGUUGCCCUUUGCCUGUCAUGCCUGUGAGUGAGAAGUCUGCUAGUGUCCGCAGAUUACAUCCUCAGAAGAGACCAUCUCCUGAGAAUGAAGUGCUGCAUCAGAUACAGUCUGAGGAAUGCGUCUCUGCUAAAAAAACCAAAAAGGAAGAAAAUCCCAACAGUGACCAAGAGCUAGUGGCUGGAACAGUGCAGAAGACAGACAACAGUCGUGUUGGACUUGCUGACUCUGGGCCCUCUGUUGAGUCAGCUUCCUCUUCACAGAUCAAGGCAUCUUACUAUAAAAAGCAGCACGACUUGGAUCUUUUGAGCGAGUUCAUUACUCUGAGAAGUAAAUACAAGCCUUUCAGUUCAGAUGCUGAAGUCACAGACCAUGACGAAAACAAUGAAUUUCAAGAUAAAGAAAAGUGUUCUUUAACUCUUCAAGAAGAAAGUCCCAUUGUUUCUAAUAACAGAACUGCAGAGGAAAGAAGUCAAGAGAGAGCAGAUGAUGUCAUUGAGAUUGAAGCAUCAGACACCCAGUGCCAAGCAUACUGCCUCCUAGAAGCAGCAGCGACUCCUGUCUUAAAGAAGCUUGUUUGCCUCUGCACUUACCCUGCUGCUAAUUGGGAAUUUGCCACUGUCAUUUUUGACCAAACAAGAUUCUUCUUAAAGGAACAAGAAAAACUAGUAAAUGAUGCUGUUCACCAAGGUGAAAAUGCUGACAGAGAAAUAACAUUCAGGCAUGCUGCUCUCUUACAUCUCCUGGUGACAAUGAGAGAUGUCCUUUUAACAUGCAGCUUGGAUACAGCAUUAGGAUAUUUGUCAGAUGCAAAGGAUAUCUACAAAAGCAUGUUGGACUCCUGCUUGGAUAACAUUUGGAGACAGCUGAAAAUUUUACAGUUUAUUAAGGAAAAAAGGCCUAAAACCAACUAUAAGAUCCAAGAAUUGCAAUGUCAGAUAAUAAGCAGGUUGCAAAGUCAACAACAGAUUAAGGUACUGAUUAUAAUAAGAAUGGACUCAAAUGGAGAAAAGCAUUUGCUUAUUAAAACCCUUAAGAAAAUAGAAGGUUUAACAGUGACUGUUUUACGUUCAAAUGAGAGAAAAAAAAUUCUGGAAACUACCGGUGUUGUCAAAGGCACGAGUUCCUGUGUGGUGGUGCAUAACCACCAUAUCGGAGCAGAUUUCCCCUGGAGCAGCUUCUCCCUUGUGCUGGAGUACAAUCACGUGGGCCACUCUUGCUGGGCCAUGCACUGCCAGCAGUUGAAUAUACCGUUCCUGGCCUUUAAAGUCGUCCUUCCAGACACAGCACUGAAGAGAGUCACCUUGCUGGAUAGAUUUGGUGGGUUUCUCUUGGAAAUUCAGGUCCCAUAUGUAUUUUUUGCAUCUGAAGGUCUGCUUAAUAUCCCAGAAAUACUCCGGCUGCUGGAAUCUGGCUAUAAUAUCACACUAGUGGAGAGAAGCUGCUGCGAGUCUCUGAAACUCUUCGGAAGCACAGAGCGCUACGUGGUGGUCACAGUUGACGAGCACACUGCUAUAGUUGUGCAGGACCUAGAAGAAUUAUAUUAUGAGAAGGCAUCAGACAAUAUCAUUAUGAGAUUAAUGGCGUUGUCAUUCCAGUAUAGCUGUUGUUGGAUAAUACUGUAUCCCAAGGAAACAUUAAAUUCAGAGUACCAUCUCACACCAAAGACACUCCAUCACCUUGCGCAGAUUUAUGCAGCCUUGGUUUCCUCUGGUCUUAAAUCUGAAGAACUGGAUGUAAAGCUUAUAAUUGCCCCAGGAGUAGAAGAGACUGCCUUAAUAAUUCGACAGAUCGCAGACCACAAUUUAAUGACGUCGAAGAGAGAUCCUCAUGAGUGGUUGGAUAAAUCCUGGGUUGAAGUUUCACCAUCUAAGGAAGAAAUGCACCUGCUUGAUUUUCCGUGCAUCAACCCCCUGGUGGCUCAGCUCAUGCUGCACCAAGCGCCUUCGCUGCACUGGCUGUUGAGAGCAUCGCCCGCUGAGCUUCAGGAACUCCUGCCCCAGGUUCCAGUCAAAGUCCUGAAGCAUUUUUGUAGCAUCACUUCUUUGUUCAAGAUUAGUUCUUCCUCCAUGACAAAGUCACCUCGAAUUUCAUCACUUCAGGAAGAUAUGAAUCAAACUUGUCCCUUUAUUUCUCAGAGCUCAACUCCUAUCAUUCAAGAACACGAUGAAUAUUAUUCCUACGAAGACCCGGAAGAGAUGGUGCAGGAAGGCACAAGCGCUGCUUUUAUGGAGCUAAGAGAGAGCAUCUGCAGGCCGUCAUCUGCAGCAUCUCACAGGCAGGCCGGCUCCUGGGACACAACAUGGAAUAACCCUUUUCUAAGUCGUAAGGACCCAAAGAAAGCAUCUUGGCACUCCUUUCCAAGCCAGGGUGAUUCGGAAUCAGGUGUCUUUUCUUUGGGCCUAACACACAUAAAUUGUGAACCCGAAAUGUUACCAACUGAAUCUCAGAGGAGAGUUACUCAUAAUUUUGUGAAUUACCCUAGAGCCAAAGGAAGCAGAAGUAAGCAAGCGUCCAGCCCCAUGUUUUUACCAGAGGGCUCUCCAGCCCACCUUUGCCGGGACUUUAAGAAAAAUACUGAUCAAAACCAGAUGUAUUCAUUCAGGUCAAGCUGUGGAGCAGAGCAGACCACCUACAACAAAUGGUGCCCUCAAGAAGACGACUUAACCAGUGAUCAGCCAGAGUGUCUGUCAGCUGAAUUGGAAGAUUUCACAUACAGACAUUCAAAUGCUGGGACUGACCAGACUUUCUGGAAAGAACGGCCAUCUGCUCCCAGCUGGGAUUCAUUCUAUGCUUCUGAUUCUAAUGUAAACCAAAGAGGAUUCCAUGGCCUUGAUUUCUACCACAGAUCUGGGAACUACUCAGGACAGAGAAGGCUGCCUGUGUCCUCAUCUAACUGGGAAGAUUAUGAAACACCAACAGGCUUAGUGUACUCACAAGUACCACAACCCAAAAAACGGCGUCUAAUGUAUGAAAAAGUCCCUGGAAGAAUGGACGGGCAAACUCGGCUGAAGUUUUUAUGA